AUGCUCAACGCGGACCUGGGAAAUAGUCAAUACCAAGGGAAUGGUGCUUCGACGAUGGCGUUCACUGCUCUAUCUGUACAAGAGGCCAGACACGGGAACAAACGCAAUUCCAUCAAGUACUUGGAUGCCGCACUGCAGAGCUUGAGUCGACGAAGAAAGGAGAGGCUCUUAUGUGAUACCAAUACGCAUUAUGCAUUUGCAGCUGCUCACGUUUCUUGA